AGGCGCACAACUAGAGCUCCGCCUCCAGCAGCGUGACGUCAGGCGCUAUUGCCAGAGUGGAGCAGCCAGAGAGGAGCUCAGUCAGUCGGAUCAGAGUUGUGAGCGAGGGCGGCGCUGGGUUUCGCUGAGUGACUCGGCGGCUGAGACUUGAGCUUCUCUCCAGACUCCGGUGAAUGAGAGUUUGCGCCCCGGGCGCUGAGUUGGGCGCAGUUAGCGGCGGCAGUAGCACAAUGGCAGCUCAGUGCGGCGGAUACAUGAACCAGUCCGACCCGGGAUCCAACAGCGAGCGCAGCGCUGACUCCCCACUCCCGGGCUCAGAGGAUGAUUCUCCCGGCUCCGCCGCCCCCCACGAUCCUGAGUGGAGAGAAGAAAGGUUCCGCGUGGAUCGGAAGAAGCUCGAGACAAUGUUACAGGCUGCUGCUGAAGGAAAAGGAAAAAGUGGGGAAGAUUUCUUUCAGAAGAUUAUGGAAGAGACAAACACACAGAUCGCUUGGCCGUCCAAGCUGAAGAUUGGGGCAAAGUCUAAGAAAGAUCCACACAUUAAAGUCUCUGGCAAGAAAGAAAAUGUGAAAGAAGCGAAGGAAAGGAUCAUGUCAGUGCUGGACACAAAGAGUAACCGGGUGACAUUGAAGAUGGAUGUGUCACACACGGAGCAUUCGCACGUCAUUGGGAAAGGUGGCAACAACAUCAAGAAGGUGAUGGAAGAGACAGGUUGCCACAUCCAUUUCCCAGACUCCAACAGGAAUAACCAAGCAGAGAAAAGCAACCAGGUGUCGAUUGCAGGGCAACCAGCUGGUGUGGAGUCUGCAAGAGUCCGAAUAAGGGAGCUGCUGCCUUUAGUACUGAUGUUCGAGCUGCCUAUAGCCGGGAUUCUGCAACCAAUACCAGACCCCAACUCUCCCACCAUUCAGCAAAUAUCCCAGACGUACAAUAUAACGGUUUCUUUCAAGCAACGCUCACGUGUGUACGGUGCUACUGUUAUAGUGAGAGGUUCCCAGAAUAACACCAGUGCUGUGAAGGAGGGCACAGCAAUGCUGCUUGAACAUCUUGCUGGCAGCCUGGCUUCUGCCAUCCCAGUCAGCACUCAACUGGAUAUUGCUGCUCAACAUCACCUCUUCAUGAUGGGACGCAAUGGUUGCAACAUUAAGCACAUCAUGCAAAGAACAGGUGCUCAGAUUCACUUCCCAGAUCCUAAUAACCCCCUAAAGAAAUCUACUGUCUACCUCCAAGGCACCAUUGAGUCUGUUUGUCUUGCUAGGCAGUAUCUCAUGGGAUGCCUUCCUCUUGUGUUGAUGUUUGACAUGAAGGAAGAGAUUGAAGUAGAGCCACAGUGCAUCACUCAGCUCAUGGAACAAUUGGAUGUUUUCAUCAGCAUUAAACCCAAACCUAAGCAGCCAAGUAAAUCUGUGAUCGUAAAAAGCGUCGAGCGAAAUGCCUUAAACAUGUACGAAGCAAGAAAAUGCCUUCUCGGACUCGAUAGCAGCGGAGUAACCAUUACAAACCAGUCUACGAUAUCCUGUCCGAUUCCAAUGAAUUGCCAUGGGUUGGAUAUUUUGGCAGCAGGCCUAGGUCUCUCUGGAUUAGGUCUCUUGGGUCCCAACACCCUUUCAGUUAAUUCCACUACCGCUCAGAAUUCUCUGCUGAAUGCCCUGAACAGCUCUGUGAGCCCUCUGCAUAGUCCAAGCUCUGCUGCUCCUAGCCCAACGUUAUGGGCAACUUCGUUAGCCAAUACAUCAAACGCAACAGGCUUCCCAGCAAUACCCCAUUUAAUGAUCCCAUCUGCUGCACAAGCAACGUUAACCAACUUCUUGCUUUCUGGGGUUCCAAACUAUGGUCAGAACACUCCAUCUCCACCUCCCGGGCUGACGCCUGUCGAUGUCCACAUGAAUGGCUUACACUCUGAAUGCAAGAAGGUUACAUCAGUGUUGAAUGGUCAUGUAAAGCCAACAAAUAUGAAAUAUGGAACAAUAUCUUCUUCAUCUCUAGGAGACAAGGUGUUAAACACAAACCUUGCUGAGGCAUCAAGGCAGUCAAAUAACCACAGCUCGGCUGAAGAAGUGAAUUCCAAAACAGAUUCAGAAGGUUGCAAUGAUGCCUUUGUGGAAGUGGGCAUGCCCAGAAGUCCGUCUCACUCGGCCAACACCAAGGAUCUCAAGCAGAUGCUUAACUCCACCAAAGCUCCAUGUCCAACAAGGCAAACUGUCAAACUGUUACAUGGCACGAAAAACUCUCACUUACAUACUGCAGAAAGAUUGCUUUCAGAUUCAGAAAUGAGUCCUACAGAAGGUCCCAUGACUGAUAAAAAGGCCCCUGGAAGUGAACGGGCUGCAGAAAGAGCUGCUGCCCAACAUAAUUGCGAGAUGGCGCGGUUUACUUCACAGUCGGCGUAUGGCAAUAUGCAGGCCUAUGACUAUGAACAGAAGAAGCUGUUGGCAACAAAGGCCAUGUUAAAAAAGCCUGUGGUGACAGAAGUGAGGACGCCAACAAACACGUGGAGUGGGCUCGGCUUCUCCAAAUCCAUGCCAGCCGAAACCAUUAAGGAACUGAGACGGGCCAACCAUGUACCGUACAAGCCAACCAUGAGUACGACAUACGAGAACUCCCCCAUGUCUCUUUCACGGUCCAACAGCCGGGAGCAGCUGGGAAACGGCAGUGACUCCGAUAACUGGAGGGAGAGGAAUGGGAUUGACUCGUCUCAUAACGACUACUCGUCCUCCAUAGGGAGUCCCAAGCGAAAGCAAAACAAAUCUGAACACUAUCUAAGCAGCAGUAAUUACAUGGACUGCAUUUCCUCACUAACUGGAAGCAAUGGAUGUAACCUAAACAGUUCAUUCAAAGGUUCUGAUCUUCCUGAACUCUUCAGCAAACUGGGCCUGGGGAAGUACACCGAUAUAUUCCAGCAGCAAGAGAUUGACCUUCAGACGUUCCUCACAUUAACCGAUCAGGAUUUAAAGGAACUUGGCAUUACGACUUUUGGUGCUCGAAGGAAAAUGUUGCUGGCCAUCUCAGAACUGAAUAAAAAUCGAAGGAAGUUAUUUGAACCCACCAAUAUACGCUCCUCAUUUCUAGAGGGCGGGGCCAGCGGAAGACUCCCGAGGCAAUAUCACACAGACAUUGCGAGCGUCAGUGGGCGCUGGUAGCACCCGGGCAGGAUCACUUUUUAGGUGAUAACCACAGAGACGACCAUGGCUGACCUGUGGAAAGGCGUCAUUUCAUAUUUUGUUUUAUUAUGUACCAUCAGCACUUUAAAGCCACGGUACCGAGGACCAAAGCAUCGUGCCCCACACGUGUGCCAAAAGAAAAACUUUUCCGAACGUUUCCAAUGCGGAAUAUGUUUUGUAUGCCUUUGUAGACUGGACCGAAUUGCAAUAGCAAAACAGACAAAAAAAAAAAAAUAAUGAUUUUAUGUAUAACUAUAAUGUAUGCACUGAAAUUUUUACCUUAUUGAAUGAAGGAUGAAUCUCUCAAAUUACAGAGGGCAUGAA